AACAAAAUGGCCGCCCCUAUCGCCCCCAAGGAGGAGAUGAGUGCUCUCAACCUCUACUCUCGCUUCGCCUUCGCUGGUGCCAUGUGCUGCGCCAUCACUCACGGUGCUGCCACUCCUCUCGAUGUCGUCAAGACCCGUAUCCAGCUUGACCCCGUCACCUACAACCGCGGUAUGCUCGGUGGUUUCCGCCAGGUCAUCCAGAACGAGGGUGCUGGCGCUCUCCUGACUGGUUUCGGUCCUACCGCCGCCGGUUACUUCCUCCAGGGUGCCUUCAAGUUCGGUGGAUACGAGUUCUUCAAGCAGCAGUCCAUCAACGCCCUUGGCUACGAGACUGCCAAGAACAACCGCACCGCCGUCUACCUCGCCUCCGCCGGUGCCGCUGAGUUCAUUGCCGAUAUCGCCCUGUGCCCUCUCGAGGCCACCCGUAUCCGUCUUGUCUCCCAGCCCACCUUCGCUAGCGGUCUCCUCCCUGCCAUGACCCGCAUCAUGAAGGAGGAGGGUAUCGGUGCCUUCUACUCCGGAUUCGGACCCAUCCUGUUCAAGCAGGUCCCCUACACCAUGGCCAAGUUCGUCGUCUUCGAGAAGGUCUCCGAGGCCAUCCUCGCCAAGGUCAACAAGGAGACUCUCUCCGACUCUGGCAAGACCGGUAUCAACCUCGGCUCCGGUCUCAUCGCCGGUCUCGCCGCCGCCAUCAUCUCCCAGCCCGCUGACACCAUGCUCUCCAAGAUCAACAAGACCCAGGGUGCUCCUGGUGAGGGUACCGUCACUCGUCUGAUCAAGAUCGGAAAAGAGCUCGGUAUCCGUGGCUCUUACGGUGGUAUCGGUGCCCGUCUCUUCAUGGUUGGCUCCAUCACCGCCGGUCAGUUCGCCAUCUACGGUGACAUCAAGCGCAUGCUCGGUGCCACUGGUGGUGUUGAGAUCGGUAAAUAAAUGACUCGAGUCUAAUAUGCUCGGGAGGAUUAUAGAGACUACCCUUAGAAUUUUUUUUGUUUUACGCCUUGUCCAUCCCCCACACACGAUGUACAAUAUUUUGUCUCAGUUUCCUUUCAAGAACAAGCUCGUUUUUUUUGUCAC